AUGAACCUGGUUACAACCGUAAUUUUGAUUGCUAUCACACUCUCUAUGAUCCUAGCUAUUGUAUCCUUUUGACUCCCACAAAUAACCCCCGACCACGAAAAACUAUCCCCAUAUGAAUGUGGGUUUGACCCCCUAGGCUCAGCUCGCCUGCCUUUUUCCAUACGAUUCUUCCUAGUUGCUAUCCUAUUCCUUCUCUUCGACCUAGAAAUUGCCCUCCUCCUACCCCUUCCCUGAGGAGAUCAAUUAUCUUCUCCCCUGCUCACAUUCACAUGGGCAUUCGCCAUUCUUGUUCUCCUAACCCUUGGCCUAAUCUAUGAAUGGCUCCAAGGCGGACUAGAAUGAGCCGAGU